AUGAGCGCAAAUAUCUCACCACAAGCAGAUGACAGCAGUGGGAACAAGCCACGCUCACGACAGAGAACUUACAAGCCCGCGCCAGUCCUCGAGGUACCGGACAUCGAAGAAAAUGCAUCAGAGAGGAAACGGAUUCUCAAUGUGCUAGCACAGCGCAGAUACAGUCAGUGCUACCUUUGUCCGGCAAUAGAUGAUUUGUCACAUGUAGGAGAGAAGAAGCGGCUACGACGGCAGAAAGAGAGAAACAAAGAAGAGCCCCAGGAUAACAACGACAACGACGCAGUCGAGUCAUCAAGAGGCAGCAAUGAUGGAGAACACGACGCCGAGGUUAUCCCCGCAUCAGAUCAGUGUCUCCCCUCUGGCAGUCUGAUCGAGACGGAUACUCCAGGCUCAGCGGGAUGGAUGGCCUGCAUGUUUGGCAGCAGCAGCAACACUUCGAUGCCGUUGCCGUUGUCGUUUCAAGAUGCCUUACACGCGUCGAACUUUGCCUCCGCAGCGGUUACAGACGAAAGUUCAGCAGACGAAGGCUUCCUCUUCAAUAACGCAACAAGCCUAGGCGAACAACACCUAACAGAGUUGCUACCCGCAAACCUCGGCCCGUCACCGCCGUGGGACAACAACAACAGCAGCACGUCACCCUCGUCCUCCGACGGCAGCUUCGCCGACAGCUACCUCCUCCCCGUCCACGAGCUGACCCUCCUGCGGGCCAUCACGCGGAUCGCAGAGCGCAUCGGCUGCCCCCAGCAGAUAUGGAGCCUAGACGCCGUCUCCCCCUUCACGCAGGGCACCGCGACGCCCACCGAGCAGCUGCCCCCCGCAUGGAAGCCCACGACCUCGCAGCUCCUCGUGCCGCAUCACCCGCUGCUGGAUUUCCUGCCGUGGCCGCAGGUCCGCGAUAGGGUGAUUAGCAUCUUUUCAAUGCCCGAGGGGAUGAGGCCGCCUCAUGCGGCGGGACCGCUGGCGUUGGUCAACUUUGCGUAUGACUUUGAGGACAACUCGGAGGGCGUGAGGGUGUAUGGGGGCGAUCCGUACGAUGCGAGCUGCUGGGAGGUGGGACAGGUGCUGUUUGAGCGGUGGUGGUUUAUCUUUGAUCGGGAUGUGAUUGAGAAUAGCAACCGCUGGCGACGACUGAGGGGAGCACCGCCGCUGGUGUUGAGGGGGGCGUCAAGUUAG